CUCUGCACGUACGUUCCGUACUCCGUAGCCUGCCUAUCCAUUUCCAAUCGCAUCGCCAGGACUUGCCGGCCGAUCAAAGGAUGGCCGUGGGGGAUUCCAAGGUGCGGUCAUCGGCGGCGGCCAUGCUCGUGCUCGUCGUCGUGGGCUUGGCGCCGGCCGUGUUUCCCUCGUCGGAGGCGUACGUCUUCUACGCCGGCGGCCACGACGGCUGGGUCGUUGACCCCACCGAGAGCUACAACCACUGGGCCGAGCGCAACCGGUUCCAAGUGAACGACACCAUCGUGUUCACGUACGACGUGGGCGUCAACUCGGUGCUGCUGGUGACCGAGCAGGGCUUCGACGCGUGCAACACGCACAACCCGGUCCGGCGGCUCGAGUACGGCGGCGGCGGCGACCGUGGCUCGGUGUUCACACUCGACCGGUCCGGUUCGUUCUUCUUCAUCAGCGGCGACGAGGACCGGUGCCAGAAGGGACAGAAGCUGUACAUAAUCGUGAUGGCGGUUCGCCCGACGAGGCCGGCCGCGGCCGCGGCGCCCGAUGCUUCACAGUGGACGGCGCUUCCACCGGCCGGUGCUGCCGCUCCGCCGCCGUUCUGGGCUUCGGCGCCCGAGUACGCGCAGGCUCCGGGCAUGAGCGCGCUGGGUGCUUCUGGCGACGAGGAGACGUCGCGCAGUAGCUCGCUGGGGGCGCCACCGCCGAUGUCGGCCGCGGCACGGCUGGACGAAGUGAUCAUUGGCACUGUGGUCGGGAUCCUAGGGGCUUUGUUGCUCUAA